CCGCCGAGUCCAUCUCUUGAAACAACCUCCCGAGUCAACAUGAAAGCUUUCGCUGCCUUCGCCUUCCUCGCCGCAGUGGUCGCCAUGACUUCUGCAGCGCCUGCCGCAGCGGUCGACAGCAAAUCCCUCGCAGCUCCCACCGUCCCACUCACCGCAGCCGCGCACCAGGAAUCUUCAUUUGACAAAGGUGGUCAGCAAGCCAGCUCGUCCUCUGGCCAAGGAGGCUUCGGAUACGACCACGGGGCACAAGCUGCCAAAACGUUCGGCAACAGAGAGUCGAGCGGCUCUAAGGAAAAUUUUGCGUUCUCCUCAAACAAAGCCUUCAACCAAGGCUCCGGGCAGUUUUCGCAUUCCGGCGGUUUCAACCACGGGGAUCAUCUCGCUAGUUUCGCUAAUCAGCAGCAAAGCCUCUCAGCUUUUCCGAUCCCCACCGUUCCCCUGGGGGCCCCCGCUUUCCCAGGAGUCCCCACCGGACUCCCAGGGGUUCCCGUCGGAGCGCCGAGCACAGCAUUGAGCUCCGCUCAGAUCGCUGGCGGCGUCUCUGGGGUUUCCGGAAGUGUAACUGGUGUUCCGAUUAGUGGCAUCCACUCGGGUCGAGGUUUUCCCCUCGGUGUCCCCAGCGUGGGUUACUCCAACGCUGGACUUCACGUCAAUGGCGGUGUCGUUCCGGGAUCCGUCGGCGUCGAAAUCUUUCCAGUGGGGGCUUCAAGCUCUGCUGGAUCCCUCCAAAAAGGGUCCGCUAGCUCUGGUUUCGCUCAAGGUCAAGGGUCGUGGAACUACAACCGAGGACAGUCAUCAGUGAAUUCAUCUGGGAACAAGGAAACAUUUUCGAACAAAGAGUCGUUCGGCCAGGAGUCUUCCGCUUCACACGCAGCGGGAGCAGGUCAAAACUCACAAGCUCAAAGCUCUCAAAGCGCUCAGCACGACAAAGGGCACCAAAGCGCUUCGAACACUCAAGUCGUUGGAUAGGGAGCCCCUCGACUUCGUACAAAACUGAGAUGGUCUGUGAUAUAGCUUAACAUGAGCCGUUCCGUUCUCACAUGAAU